ACGAUUCUUAACAUGUACCACUCACAACGCCGCCUUAUCGUAUCAGAAAAAUCGAUCCCUUUCUUGUCAAGACCGUACCUCUUGACUCGCACUACUUACUUCUAAGAGGCGUGGACGCGUUCGCGGUAUAUGGUAGUCGCUGCAUGAGACCAAUUCGGGUCACAUCACUCUCGUUAGUGCUAACAUGGAGAGGUUGGCUCCUUUCCUCUCUAGCAGCCGCCGCUGUUCCAAAGCUUUGACCAUUUCGUCAUCAACACAACUGAAGCGCAUGUUUUGCAUGUGAUGCUGGAUUGGUGCAGCAUGGCGCCAGUACCAGUACUGUUUCAAGGUUGCAGGGAGAAAAAUAGCCAGGUUGGAAGGCGCGGAGGUACGUAAGCCGCGCCCCGGUUGUCGUGAUCGUUGAAGCCCUCCACAACCAACACAGGGGACGCGAGGAUAGGCUAUCUCUGGGGAAGACAAUCUCGGAACAUUGUUAGGGCGCCCACAGGGUCCCUAAGUGACACUUUGACGCCGGGGGUCUCCAGCCUUGUCUUGAACGACAGUGGAUUCUGUAACUGCCUGAAUCGGCUUGACGCGCUUGACAGCUGGCCUCAGCACCCUGUCACGGCGAGCUUCACCUUCCUUAUUCCGACUUUGUCGUGUCGUUUCGACCUCCUCUUCGCCAGCCCCCUACAAGCAUACCCAGCAAGAUCGACAUGCUCAAACACCAGGUUGAUUUCUGUCAUGAAAUAGCCCGGAGCAUGGACCUGACUUCUUGAAUAGAGGCAACAACAAUGUCGAUCACAAGUGUUUGCCUGGCAGCCAGGAGUAAUUGGCCUCGAGGACGCAGAGAUUGGACAGCAGAUGGUAGAGGCAGCGCAGGAGCGGAAGGAUGUCGGAGAGGAAGAGACGGCAGACAUCAUGAGAGAAGAAUAUGAGGAGACGGCCGACUACAUGCUGUGCCACUGGCAGGCGUGUUGACCCAGCUUCCUGUUGUGUUGUCGUUGUCGUUGUUGUCGCCGUCGCCCGCAGGGCGCACAGUGCAAGACUCGGACCGCAGACUCGGACUGCCGGAAGACGCGGUUCAUGUGCGACUCCUUCGCUCCUUCCCUCAAGGUCUCCCUGGUACUGCCUCUGAGUUGUGUUCCUACACUGCAGAGCUCUUGCCUUCCAGUGCUGCCCGCAUGUUCCAUGUCGUCGCAAACUUGAAGUUGAAGCCUGCAGCCUGCUACUGCAGUGAGGCACACUUGUCCUUGGACUGCCCCCUGUGAGGGACCUAAAGUUGCUUCAGGUUCCAGAGACCUGCAAUACAAAUCAUCCUGCGAUAUCAAGGUUUCAAGAGCGUUGUGACCAGAAAAGAGUGCAAUUAAACAUGUCUCCUCUGCUUUUCUCAGUUCUGUCUGCAUUCCCACUCCUUCUCUCUUGUGGCCGCACCCUUGAGCUUGAUUCCCGGCAAUCAUGUGCUCUGAAUUACUAUCCAUGUUCACCUGACGGGGCCUCUGCUCGCGAUGUGCCUGUGAUCGGACCUGGCCUGGCUCAGCUCUAUCUCGACCUGAUCCAGACUGUGAACCCUUCCACUGUGCGGGGGUAUGGAAAUACGGGUGCUGUUGGUCGAGCUGGUGGACGCAGGCAAUCGCCUGGCAGGAUCUGCUGUGCACAGAACACUCAGUGCCUGCUUGUGCUCAGCUACAAUAUUCCCGUUUGCUGGGACCGUUUCACCACAAAUUAUUACCUGCCUGAUGGCUCCUACGGUUCGAUCAGUUCUGGCAACUAUACCACUCCCGCCGGGGACCAUGCGAACCUGAUCACAGGCACUUACGAGCUGGCCAACGGGCAGACCGGGAACAUCUAUGAGGAAGACCCGAUUGAACAGCCCAAUACCUCAACAUUGCUGCUGCCAAGCCCUUUCACGAGCAGUGGAGUAGGUUCAGCGAUACCGGCAAGUCAAGUCGGUGGCCAGGCGACUUACACACCGCCGUCUAUGGCGACUUACACGCCGCUACCUAUGCCGACUUACACAUCGCUACCUAUGCCGUUGCUGCCUCCUAUGCCAACUUCUUCCACGACGUCGAGCGCCAACAACAACAUUACCGGUAGUGGCAAUGCAACCGACGGUGUCAGGAGCACGCGGGCUGGAACCGGCACAGGCUCUAUGACUGCUUCUGUGACAGGAGAUCCUUCACUCACACCGCCGAUAACCGGUGAUGGCUCUGGGCAUGGCAGAUGUGCCCUAUGCCACCAGCGGCUGCUUCUGCUGAUGAUAGUAGUUGCUUAUCACAUUUGGUAUGCAUAGGUAGUUUCGAGCAAGCCUUCGCUAGUUAAUAGCCCUCGGAGCGAAGAGUAAACAUGCUUCAUUGAGAUUGAGGCGGACUUGCAUGGCAGGGAAAUGUCAUCCGCAAACAACGCACUGGUGAUCGAUCUGGCGGGGGAUACCAUUCUACUGGGCUGAUAUCGCGCGAGUUGCACGGGUGGGAUCAAACAAUCCGGGGAAGAGCUGCCCGUAGUGCGGGCGUUGACCGCUAUGAUUGGGGCUUGUUGAUAUUUGUAGUACUAGUAAUGGGACAUUCCUUCAGUAUUUAUUAGUCUGAGCCUCACUGCAAGACAAUGACCCCGAGUUGAG